UAUACAGUAGAUUGAUCCCAUCCUCAAUUCCAGAAUCUUAUCAAACUAGUGUUUCUGAUUUGAUCUAAGUCAACAAGGUUUUGCAAACAAAAUUGUACACAGAGACAAUUCACAUCUACAUGAAUGAUUGGGUACGGAAUAGAAGGAAGAAUGACAACCCCCAAGUCAGCUUGUUCGAUUCUCCAUGGAGUUAAACCACUCUGAACAACGAGCUUAAACGUUAAAAUGACCUCAACCUGAUAUCAGUUACCCCAUAACUUAAAUUGACAAAUUUUUAAAUUCAACUAAACUUGAGAAACUCCUAAACAGAAUUGCUGAAAUAAGAUGUUCAAUUAACACUCAUUGAAAUCCCCUCGAGUCCAUAACUAAUCAAAUGUUCAGGUGUCCACAUGUUAGAUAAUACUAACUAAAUCUAAGAUCCCCUUUUACUACCCUUGCACAUCAUGUAAUGCUCUAGUAUUCAACAAAAAAGAUCUAAUACAAUUAUUAGAGCCCAACAAAGAUGCAGUAGCAAGCUUCGCAUAUUAAGAAAAAGGCAUAGAGGCAAGCUUUCCACAAUAAAUUGCUGAAACAAAAUGAGAAAAAAAUGAAAAAAUCUUUGUCCAUCAUCUACGAUUCCAUUGCCAUCUUCAAAUACUAUUUCGACAUUUGGUUUCGGUGGGCUACGUCUAAUGGUGCGCGCUGGGCAGUCGUCCAGAUGUCGGUCAUGAAGAAACGGGCGAUUUUCCUCUUGCUUGCGAUUUUGGGUGAAAUGAAGAGCCACAAGUCUUCCUCUCGCGUUACAGAUUUGGGGGGAAAUGACAAUGAUUUGAUGGGAAAUGAAGUGGGUGAAUUGUUAAGAGAAAAACCGGUUUGCUUUUGUUUCCGAUUUAUGGAUUUAAUUCUUUUAAAAGGGCUGAAAUUGAAAAGGGAAUAAAAAACGAAUUAUUCUAAUCCAACUCAACAAAUUCAAAAAUAUGUAAUGAUUCUGUGGGUAUUUCCUAUCCCUUCUCUCUUUCAUGCUCUUCGUAGGCCGGGACAGUCCCGCGCCGCGACAGGCACCGACGAACUUUCUGUUAAACAAUUUCCAGAGCCAUAUUCGCGGAUAAAAUUUUGCCGCUGUAAUUUCAAUAAUUUCAAAAAAUCCCACCUAUUUCCUAUGCCACGCGGCGGAAUCUGAUAGGCAGAUAACUAGUUCUUCAAAAGUCUGCCCCAAUCAAAUGCAGACUCUCGAGCCUCAGCCUCGGCCUCGGUCGAACCGUUCCUUAUCUGGCACAGUUCUUUGAAAAAAUUCGCAACUAAUAUCAAAUUUCGCUCUCUCACUCAAUUUCUUUCUGAAAAAGCUCCCCGUUGAUAUUUUCGCCGAUUCAAAACCCUAGAGCAGAGUUCCUCAAUACGAUUUUUAGCUCCAUUGCUAUCUGUGUCCCAUCUGAAUAUCCAUUGGUCGAGCGAGGGAAUUACUUAUGACAUAUUUUAUCAUAUGCUCAAGAUCUGCUCAGAUGGUUCUAAUUUUAUUGGAAAUUUCCGUGGGAUCUUGAAAUGCAUGGCUCGUAUAUGAUAAAAAAUACUACAGAGAUAGAGUAUCGAGCAAUUUUCCUCUUCAUGCAUCACAGAGCUUGAACUUCGGUCAAUCAACUCUGAGGGCUGAUUUUAUUAAAAGUCAGUCCCAAAGCGAAUGAUUAGAUUUGAAUGGCUCGAUGUACAACAGUCAGUUUCAACAUACUAGGCAGAGUGAAGCAAACUUUCUGGCAAUGGAAACAGACUCUAAUCAGCUGAAUCUUGUAAACUCUAGAGGCUUAUCUAUCCGUGCAUUAGAGCAAAGGAGCGUUCUUGACCAUCAAGCAAAAUCUUCAGUUAGAUUAGAAGCAUCGGUAUCUCCCGUCAGUUAUGAUCAUUUUGGUGGUCAGCAGCAGAUGAGUCAUCACCAUCCAAGCAUGCUGCAAUCUUUGCAGCAUCAACAGGCUGGGUUCAACGAGUUGCAGCAACUACAACAAGAAAUCAUGUUAAGGAAAAUGCAAGAGCUCCAAAUGAAGCAGCAACAUCGGCAGCUAGAUUCAAGGCAACAAAAUUUAUUAAAUCAGAAUUUCCCCUUUCCUAAGCAGACAUCUGGCCAACAGUCCUCCCCCCAGAUCAACGGAGGUACUCCAAGUUCUGACACAUUCCAUUACCCUUGGGUGGCUGAUCACGGUAAUUCCAAUUGGUCGCAUCAUGGUUAUCCCACCAUGCAAGAGUCUCUCAACGUUUCUCCACUAAACCUUGGCCAGGCACAGCAUUCAGGGGAUGUAGUCCCUCAACUGGCUGAUCAAUCUCUUUAUGGAGUUCCUAUUUCUGGCUCAAGGGGUUUAACUGUGAACCAGUAUUCUCAGAUGGUGAUGGAUAGACCUUCAAUGCUGCAGACGUCAACCUUUUGCAAUGCCCUUCCAGGUAUUCAACUUGCAGAUCAUGUUAGCAUGCAAGAUGGGACAUCAACAUCUAGACACAGAUUUCAGAAUGAAAAUUUGCUGGGAAAUGUUUCUCGUCAAGCUCUUAAUGCUGAGAUAAAUAUGGAGAGUGCCCAGCAAGUGAAUCUCAUUCAAAGAAAUGCAACUCAGCAGGGCUUCAGAGGGAGGCAGAAUCAAUCUAUUUUACAGGAGCUCUCACAUGAAAAACAGACAAGGCAAUACUCUUCGAGUCAGAAUGAAGUUGCCCUAGAUCCUACUGAAGAAAAGAUAUUGUUUGGUUCAGAUGAUAAUAUAUGGGCUGCUUUUGGCAAAAGUCCUAAUAUUAGUGGAGAGGUGGGUAGUUUGUUUGACAAUGGCAGAUUGUUGAAUGGGAUUCCUUCUGUUCGAAGUGGUAGUUGGAGUGCUCUCAUGCAAUCAGCUGUUGCAGAAACUUCGAGCAGCGAUAUAGGGCCACAAGAGGAGUGGAGUGGUCUGGUAAACAGCACCGAAGUCCCUUUAGCAAAUCAGCACCUUUUGCCGUACAAUGAGAGUGGUAAACAAGAUGAAUCUUUGGCUGAUGACAAUAUGCAGAUGCCUUCCGCAUUCACUUCGGGUUCAGCUCCCCCUUCUGAUGACAGCCGUAUGAACAAUAACUAUCAGAAUGCCACGGGGCUUGAUCAAUUUGUACACAAGUUUCAAGGUAAACCUGGUCAAACAUUGAAGUCUGAGAUAUCUCUAAGACUUAACCAGUCAUUGGAGGAAGCAAACCAGUGGUCAAAUUGUGGUCCACUACAAAGGUCAGUUGCUGAAGGGAGUCAGCUAUAUAAAAAUGUCUCACGACAUUCUCUUGAUGCAGAGAAAAAUUCAAAGAGCACUUCUACAGCAUGGAACUCCGAGCAUAGUGGAAGAAAACAGCCAACCAAUUGGAAAGCCUUGGGUCAUGUAAAACAUUCCAUGGAAAAUGGAGGGGACUUGAGUUUGAAUGAUGCUGCUUCCAUGCCUAACUCAAGUGCCACAGGGUUCGAUGCUGAAAACAUUCAAUUUGUUCAGAAUAGUUAUUUACUCAAUCAAAUGAAAAAUACCAAUCCUUUGGUUAAAUCCCAAAGAGGUGAAGGCUUAGGGAGCAUGCUGCACAGUACAAAUGAAGGUAAUCAGGUUUCAGAUUCAGCUCAUGGUUGUGACAGAGAGGAAGUUACAACACACGAGAUGGACAGUUCUGAUUUGAAGGGAAAUUCUAAUGAGAGUUUCCCUACCUUAUUACAGCACAUUCCUAGUAAUUUGAGGGACCACAGUUCUGAUGCUAGCGAUUCAGAAUCUCUGCCCACUGGCAAGCCAAAGUCGACUAAUCAGCUUGGUAGGAAAGCUUCUGGUCCUCGCAAGUUUCAGUAUCAUCCCAUGGGAAACUUGGAUGAGGAUUUGGAAUCUGCUCAUGGAAUGAAGCAGCGUACCCAUGCAUUGAUCAUGUCCCAGCAAAAUGUGCAUCUUGGCGAGUCAAAGUUUUUUAAUCAGGGACAAUCUCAUCUUCAGAGAGACAACAAAGGCCUUGAAGAGGGGCCAUCCCGGGGAAGCCUUCCUGGUUAUAUGCCAAAUAUUUCUGUUCCUUUUAACAGAUCUGUGGAUGCAUACACACCAAACAAGACUUCAUUAAGACAAAAUAUGCUGGAGCUUCUUCACAAGGUGGAUCGACCCGCCGUUCUUGGUUCCAUGAUGCACUUCAAUUCUUCUGAACAGAAUGCAUCAUUUAAGCUACCUGAAACAGAAAAUUAUGAUAGUUCUGUUGACCAACUCCACUGCAAUAAUUCUUCUUCCUCUCAAGGUUUCAGAUUGCAGCUUGGUCCUCCAUCUCAAUUGAUGCAGAUUUCAGAACAUUCACCGACUUCUGGAACUGUUCAACAUACAAAUGAUUCACCACAUUCAAGUCAGGCUGGUGCAGAAAUUGGAGAGAAGGGCCUGCGCAUGGUUACAUCUUCAAUUCAAUCAGCGCCUUUUUCUGAUGAACAAUCCAAGACUCAGUUAAAAAAUGAGAGAUCUGAAAUUCCAGGCCAAAUUGAAAGUGGAUCCACUCUGUAUAAGAUAUCUGGAAAUUUUUCUUCAAUGCUAAAUUCUGGCUCUGGCCUCUCAAUAAGUCAUCUUCAUCAUCAACAGAUGACCAGGGCAAGUGGACAAAUGUCAGUUAAUCAGCAUAUUAACUCAUCAUUUGAUAGAAAUGCUUCCCACUCCAUCCAGAAUGGAUCUAAGGAAACCUUUUUGCUUAAUGCAUCUUGCAGUACUCUACAUGAAAAUCAUGUGUCUUCGGGGGGCACAUCUCGGCAAACCAGCACUAAUGAUCCACAGGCAAGAGGAUCAACUAAUAUGUCAGCUAGGGAUCAUAUGCCUGCUUCUCAACCAUUGGGCCCGCAUGGUGCAUCUGCACAGAUGUUUACGUGGACCAAUGUUCCUACACACCAACAAACUCUGGGUGCUCAGUUUCACAAGGUGUCGGCACAUUUUCCAGAGUCACCCCAACCAAAUAUUGUGGAAUCAAGUUCCUCUGUAAUCCAUACUGUAGGUGAUCAUUAUGUGAGGAAAGGUGAGAAUCUCCCAUCUGAAUGCAGUGGAAUUCCUAUGAACUCUGCAGUUGUUAGUGGGGAAGGGCUAAGGUUGAAGGAAAGCACUGAAAGGCUAGUAAUAUCUGCAAGCAGUGACCUAGAUCCAAAGAUGAACGAAUCACAUGGGAAAGUAUCCUCUAUCCAGUAUCCUUUGGAUGAUUCUUCUGCUAAUUCUUCUUCAAAACAAAAGGAUAUUGAAGCAUUUGGUCGGUCUUUGAAAUCGAAUAGUUCUCAUGAAAAUUACUCCUUACUAAAUCAAGUGCGGGCUAUGAAGGAUGCAGAGAUUGAUCCAAACAUUAGGGUCUCAAAGAGAAUGAGAGGACCAGAUAAUGGUCCGGAUGUUCAUCAAGUAGCCUUGGAAGAAGGGCAGGCAAAUGAACAUAAUUCUAUUAAUGGAGAUUCAUUAGGUUCUAAUGCUGCAGUUUCAUCCGGGGAUUCGAGAAUGCAAAUAUUCUUCAGGUCGGCUGAUAACUUGGAAAAGAAUGUCACUUCUCAACAUGGAAAUUUAGCUUCUCAGGACGUGCUUGCAUUUGGCCGGGAUACUUGUCAGAGAAUUUCUCCUGGUCCGCAGAUGGCAUCAUCCUGGUUCAAUAACUAUGGAACUUCUAAAAAUGGACAAAUUUGGCCAAUGUACAGCACAAGCAUGGUCACCACUUCAAGAACAGCAGAACCGUCUUUUGCUCUUGGGAAAUCUUCCAGUAGCUUGAAUACACAUAAUUCCAUGGGUGUUACAAGUCUAGUUGGUGGCACCCAACAAAGUUCUAUUCCUUCAUCGGUAGCAUCUGAACGUUUCGCUUCUCCCGAGUCAUUGCACAUGGUAAUAUUGGAAACCAAGAAGCGCAAGGAUGCUACUUCUGAACAUCAUCCUUGGCACAAGGAAGUAUCACAGGGAUUACAAAAACUAAAAACUCUCAGGAUGGCAGAAGUCAAUUGGUGUAAAACAUCAAAUCGGCUAACUGAUAAGGUGGAAGAUAUUGACUUGAUUGAAGAUGGACUGCAGUUGCUUAGAUCAAAGAGAAGGCUUAUCUUGACAACACAACUUAUGCAGCAAUUGAUUUGCCCUCCACCAGUAGCAGUUCUCUCCUCUGAUGCUAGUUCAGAUUAUGAGAGCGUAGCUUACUCUGUCUCUAGAAUAGCAUUGGGAGAGGCUUGCAGUGCAGUUUCUCACUCAAGUAAUUCAGAUGUGUCUCAUGAUGGAGAAGACAUACUUUCUACUAAGGGCAAACAAUCAGAGGGAAUUGGCGGUUGUCUUUUUGGAAAAGCUGUCACAGAGUUUAUGGGAAGAGCAAUGAAGCUAGAAAAUGAGUUCUUGAGGUUUUAUCUAGAUGGAUGGGAACAGAGUUUUCCUGACUGCCUGAGGUGCAGGCCUUCAGGUGUUCCUGAUGCAACUAAGAGCUCAAAGUUUGACAUUUUAACUUCCUUUUGUCAAGGCAUAAGCCUUGAGUUACUGAUCUGCAUGCUAACAGCUAAGCCCCAGGCUCUGGGUUGUGCACUUCUUAAAGCAUGUUUGGCUAGGCUCAAAAGACAAGACAAGAGUGCAUCAAUAUUGGACCUGAGAGUUGAAUGCCAAGAUCUGGAAAAGUUUUCUGUCAUAAAUCGUUUUGCUAAAUUCCAUGGCCGGGGACAAAGUAAUAGUGCUGAGUCACCAUCAACCUCUGAUGUCACAUCAAGUAUUCAUAAACCUUUCCUGCAGAGAUAUGUCACUGCUCUUCCAAUGCCUAGAAGUAUUCCUGACUGGGUACAAUGUCUAUCACUAUGAUUAUUACAUUAUUGAUUUUCUCAGGUUUCAGGGUCAACUGUCUCCAUCUUUGUCUGUUUCCCUUGGUUAUAUACUGGCAGCUGCCCGGACACAAAUAGGAUUAUAGUAUGAAAAUGCCAAAGGGUGGACAUGAAGCCGUCCCCUCAAACAUGAUUGAGGCUGUUCGAUCUUUUGAAUUUAGGCCAUUGAUGUCAUUAUUGAGAAAUACCAGGUUACAGUUCAUGUUUUAAAACAGUGAGAAAUUUGGGGUGCCUCAUCAUUUUACCGACCAGGGAAUAGUACAAGUGUGUCAUGAUUAUUCAAAUAUAUCAAGUAGAGAGGUUUCUUUUAUAUAUAGAAGCAGGUAUAAAUGUCUUUUGAUUGACGAAUUAUGGAACUUAUUUUUUAAUUUUUAAAUUAAUGGGUUAUUUCCAUCUGGAGUCUUUUAUGAACGCGGUUCAUGAUUUAGGAUUUCUUUUCAGGAGUAAGAAAUUUGUUUAUCUACUUUUAUUAGAAGU